CGGAUGUUUUGGCUUGGGAGCCUUGAUGCCUUCAUGAACUGAUUUUGCUCUUUCUCGUGAAAACCCGAUCAUCCAUAUAUUUGAGCCUCACUCACACAAACGUGUCGAUAAGAUCAACAUCGGCACUAGCCUAUCUAUCAUGGCGCCCUCGGACCCUCUCGGCCCUGCCGCGGUGCUGAAGUCGAUGGCCGAUGCGCUGCCGCCUCACGAGAAUAAUGACACGGCUGCCGACCUGAAGAACCCUCUCGACUCUAUUGCCCUCUUCGUCCACGCCUGCAUGGUCAACCUAGGUUUCCGCCUGCUCGGCUUCGAUGAGGACCACACCAUCGAGGAGGAAUGCGCCCGCCAUGCGCCCAACCUGCCGCCGCAAUGGAAUACUUCUUCCGGCUCCCACGGCUUCGUCUACGCCCACACCCAAUCUGCCAUGCGUUUCGUGCUGCACAUAGACCGCCUAGGGGCCAAGGUUGAGAUCCGCGGCCUGGCUACCGGGGAUGAGCGUAUCGCCCGCUUCGACAUCACCGCCAACGACUACGUCUCCCCUUCUGCACUGCCCCUGCGCGUCUCCCGCUCUUCCGAGGCCACGCAAGACAACAGCGACCUCGUUCGGAAGCUCAAGACCAUCUUCAUCUCAGAGGAGCGCAUCAAGGACCUUGCCUCCCUUCUCAAGAUCACCAUCAUCCAGCGCCUGCUGCCCGCUCUCCAGAAAGAAGGCUACACCGAGACUCUGCCCGCGCGGCCGACCCGCGCCUCCCCGCCGCCCCGGCGGCCCGACGAGCCCUCCCACCUGCCGCCGCCGGCAGCUCCGCACCCGUACCCUGCCCCCGACCCCCUUGCCGCCCCGCCGCCCCACCGUCCCGUCCCGGCCGGCGACUUCCCGCCCCCGGGCUUCGAGGACGAGUACGAGAUCAACCGGCCGCCCGGCCGCCCAUGGCCCGGGUCCGCACCCGCUCCGGGACUCGGCGGGUUCGGCCGCGUCGGACACGACGACCUGUACCCUGCCGGCCUGGGCCCGCACGAUCCCAUCACCGGCUCUUUCACCGGAGGCGGGAUCGGCCCCGGGGGCCUGCGCCGUCCCGGCGGGCCGGGGACCGGCGGAAUGGGCGGCGGCAUGCACCCCACCUUUGAAGACCCGCUCUUCCGCGCUCCGGGAGGGCGGGGAGGACAGGGAGAAGAAGACGACACGUUUGGCGGACAGGUCCCGCCCGGCGCGAGGUGGGACCCGGUCGGACCGGGCGGGCAGCCACGCUUUGGCGGCGGUAGAGGUCCUCGUGGAGGAGGGGGUUUCGGUGGCUUUGGCGGUUUUGGCGGGGGAGAUAUCAUCUAAGACUCGCAAUCGGCUCGCCGAUCGAUCGGUUGGGAGUGGUCAAGAUCGAAACGGGAAAUUAAUUGGCUUUAGGGAACAGGGCGCGGGCCGCUAGCGACGAAUUAUGGGAGAAUGACUCAUCCAUUGAGGUGUAUGUACUAUAUGAUGAUGAUGAUGCUAUUUGCCCCCUCUCCACCCCAGAUUGGGACCAAUGCUAGUAUAACAACUUCCUGAAGAUACUUGACGUGUCGGUCCUCCAUUCGCUUGCGUCUAAAACGUUAAC